AUGGAACGAGUACAAUUCCAGCAGGAGCAGAUGCUCACUGAGCUGAAGGACCUCGUCCAGAAGGGUCUGUUCUCACAAAAAGAGGUGAAGCACAUCAUGCAAAAGCGGACCGCGUUCGAAACUGCACUUGUGCGACGCAUACCGAAGAAAAGCGACUUCCUCCGUUACGCAACUUACGAAAUGAGCCUAGAGGCGCUACGGAGAAAGCGUGCGGAACGUCUAAAAAUAGCGAAGGGACCUCCGUCGGUGUCCGACUAUGCCCUCGUCCGACGACAAUUCCAGAUUUUCGAACGCGCCCUCAAGAAGUUCAAGGGGGAUGUCGGCCUUUGGAUCCAGUACAUCCUAGUCGCGAAGAAGGAAGGGGCGCGUGCAUUAGUCGGGCGAAUCACCGCACGGGCCCUCCAACUGCACCCUAACGUACCUGCGCUGUAUGUGCUCGCAGCCUCCCAUGAACUCGAGCAUCUUUCACCCACGGCUGCUCGUGCGUUGCUGCAGCGUGGCCUGCGUCUGAACUCCGACAGCGUCGAGAUGUGGAGAGAGUAUGUGCGGAUGGAACUGGGGUUCGUGGAAAGCUUGAGAAGAAGGUGGAGCGUGUUGGGAAUCGAUAUGCAGCGUAAAGGCGAGGACGCCGGUUCGGGAAAAGGCAAGGGCAAAGAGAGGGAAAGCGGGACGGACGAUAUCUGGAGUGGGAUCGGAGACGAGGAAGGAGAGGCCGAUGGCAUGGACGUGGAUGCUGAACAAGACUUGCCGGAAGACGAGGUCGCACGGAGACACAUUAUGGAGGGUGCCAUCGUCAAGUCCGUGAUCUCAAGUGCGGUGAAAGCGAUACCGAGGAUCGACUUGUUCGCUUCACUUCAUGAACUCAUCUCCACCUACCCUUCCCCGCCCACGCUCCGCGAAUCUCUCCUCGACCACCUACAUGACCACCUUCGUGAGACUCUUCCCUCGCUCCCAGCCGCAAUCAAGCUUUCCGCGACGCGGAAUCUCACGCCCGACAUGGUGGGAGAGCCUCUCGUGGACGCACUGAAGAGUGCGAACGAGCAGUUAAUAGCUGCCGUGAGAACUGCCGCCAACUCAAGCGAUCCAGGUGUCGCAAAAGUGUAUUCCGAGUUUGUUGAAGAAUGGUGCGGGCAGGAGGUUGACGAUAGCCUGAAAGCCUACCUGAUCACGUCCGUCCACCUCCUGAUACAGCAGCUUCCCGCCCCUGUCCCACCCGACUUGCUCGCGGCACACAUACGGCUACUGUCGUCACAUCAGGCGUCCCUCGGAUCCGCGCUGCUUCCGCCUAAGGCGAACACGCCCGACAAGAUACUCCGCGUGGCGCGCAAACAUACCAGCAAGGCGCCCACACGGUCUAUCGUGUGGCUUGCGCGACUUGCGGCUGAAAAGCAGUUUGCCGAGCCAAAGGACGUGGAACAAGCAUGGACGGAGGCGCGAAAGCGCGUCGAAGUUGAUGGGAUCCAAGAUGUCUGGCUCUGGGGACUCGACCCGGAAAAUCGGGCCACGCUCCGCUCGACAGCAGCAACAGACGAGACCUCGCCAUCUACGCAACAUGACGACAGCGAAGCUGAUGCGAAUGCGGAAUUGCAGCUGCUGGAGCUUUUGCUGCACGAGAGCCAGCUUAUCCAGGAUCCCGCCGCGGCGAGCGCGCUCCACGAGGUGCUCCUGAUACGGUACGCAGCGGCCUCGCACCGCGCGCUGGCGCUCCUCUAUUGGCCCAAGAUCACGCACGACGACCGUCACGGGAGCACGUCAGCGAUCGCGGCACCGCCAGCCGCACGAUCGCCCUCGCGGGGCGGCAAAGCUGAGAAGGCGAGCGAGCUCGCGCAACGCGGGAGCGCACGUGCGCAGCCGGCGUGGCGCACACAAGACCCGGACGUCUCCAACUCGCGAGAAGCUUACGGCUCGCAGUCGAGCUCCACGUCAGCAGCAGGCAGCACUUGCCGUCCACCCGUCGACGCGCGCCUUGCACGCGUGCGCCGCAUCGGCACCGCUUACGUGCCCUCCGCGCGGGUGUGGUCCGAAGUGUUCAGCCAGGAGUCGGGUGGGGUCAGCCACGCCGUGACGAGUGGGGCUGAUAUUACUGCUGAUGGCGGGCAGGUCUAUUCUGGGCACGUCGACGAUGACGCUCGCGUGCUGCGCUCGGUAUACGAGUACUGGCGUCAGCGAGACGGGGUGGGGGCAACUAUCGCGUGGGCCGCGUGGUUGCUGCGGACAGGGGACGGGAAGGAGGCGGUAGCCGUCAUCUCUAGGGCGCGGAGCGUGCUCGGGGAAACCGAUGGCGAGACGGUCGAGAGGAGGUGGAAGGCGGUUCUCGAUGGGCAGGAUUCCCGCGAGGGGGGCGCGGGAGAGGAACACGGAGAGGAUGGCCGUGCGGAUGCGGGUCCGAUAGAUUCAAGAGGCACGUAGUGUGAAGGCAUCCUCAGUUAGGAUAGUCCGGAGCGCGUGCGCGAUGGAGGAUUUAGCACGCGUUUAGCUUGCUUGACUUGUUCUGGCGUUGUCGUUUAUAAAUGACGUGGCGUUUUCUGAGUAUUUAGGUUGGUUACGAAGGCACUGCGAGAAUCAAAGUGGGAUAUGUCAUAAAGGCAGUACGGCACGCUGCCGCGGAUUCUAGUUACUGGGAGCGCUCUAUCUGGAAGCAAUCGAAGCCGGGAAGCGGCAUGUCGCAAUUCUAAGUAGUGCGGCAACGGUGUUAGUCUCCGAGCAUGUGCUCCAGGAAUGGGGAUGCCGGCGGCGAGCGAGAGACGUUCGAAUCUGGCGUUUCUCCGCGCAUUUGAGGACAUGCGCGAAUCCGACCGUCAGAGACGGGUCUAUCAGUUCCGGCCCUUUCACCGGACUCGGGGACAGUUCAGUUCCUGGAAAUGUACAGAUCGCUCACAAGGGUCUGGAUCAGUA